AUGAGUCAUCAAGCUUACCUCAGCUCACUUCCAAACCCAAAAAGAAGGUUUGACAUUUUUAUUGAUUGCAUUUUUACUGCACUUCAUGCAAGUUUAUAUUUUCUAAAUCUCUUUUAUUUAUCACAAGAGAAUAAUUUCCAUGGGGAAGAUUCGAUGUCCAAAGCUUAUAAGCAAUUUCGGUUAGCUUUUGAGUGA